CCAGAAAAUUCCUGCCUUUUCCCCAUGCCAUUCCCGUUAUUUCCCCCAGCCUACACUCUGUUCUACUCCCUGGACAAGAACGCUCCUCUGGCCGAGUGGAUCCCGCAGUCGGUCGGAUCCGAGCGCCUUUCCCAUCAAAUCCCCGAUCUCCUCCUCGAUUCCGGAUAUUUUUUCCGCAUCCAAGCUCGAAAUUCCAAAGGUUCCGGUCCCAUCUCUGAUCCCAUUUUCUUCAGGACAGCCAAAGCAGAAAUUCCAGAUAAAAUGCCCAACGACCAAGGUCGCCAUGGAGACGGAUCCUAUUGGCCCCUGGACAUCGACCGCAGCAUCAAUGAUUCUCCAGUUGGACAAAGAAAUUCAGCUCCAGGCACCGGAAUUUUGCUCCUCAUCCUUGGAAUAUCCGGAGGCGUCUCCGUGGUGGCCGCGGCCGUCGGAGCCUGGAUCUGCUCCAGGAGAAACGAGGAGAGGAAGAGGAAGUAAGGAAAUUCCCAAAGGGGAUUUUGAGGGGGA